AUGUCUUUCUGGCGCAAUUUAUUCUUUGCUGGCCUGUUCGGCUCAGCGUUUGCAGCGACUCCUGCUGAAUGGCGCUCUCAGUCAAUCUAUUUCAUGCUCACUGAUAGAUUUGCGAGAACGGAUGGCUCAACCACAUCUACCUGCAAUACCAGCGAUAGGGUAUAUUGUGGUGGUACCUGGCAGGGUAUUAUUGACAAGCUGGACUAUAUCCAAGGAAUGGGCUUUACCGCUAUUUGGAUCACUCCUGUCACCGGCCAACUGAACGGAGAUACUGGGGACGGCACAGCAUAUCACGGAUACUGGCAACAGGACAUUUAUGCUUUGAACUCAAAUUAUGGGACAGGCAGUGACCUCAAGGCUUUGGCUUCGGCUCUACAUGACCGUGGCAUGUACCUCAUGGUAGAUGUCGUGGCCAACCAUCUGGGUUACAAUGGCGCUGGCAACACCGUUGAUUACAGCGUCUUCGAUCCCUUUAACUCAAACGCAUAUUUCCACCCCUACUGUGAGGUCACGGACUACAGUAACCAGACUAACGUGGAGGAUUGUUGGCUUGGUGAUACAACUGUCUCUUUGCCAGACCUUAAUACCGAGGCAGACAGUGUUCAGAGUAUAUGGUAUAACUGGGUUGGCUCCUUGGUUUCCAACUAUUCGAUUGAUGGUCUACGCGUUGAUACGGUUAAGCACGUUCAGAAAGACUUCUGGCCUGGCUAUAACAAGGCUGCUGGAGUUUACUGUGUCGGCGAGGUCUUUGAUGGGGACGCAGAUUACACUUGCCCUUAUCAGCAGGUUAUGGAUGGCCUGCUUAACUAUCCCAUGUACUAUCCAUUACUCCGGGCCUUCCAGUCUACCAGCGGGAGCAUGAGCGACCUUUACAACAUGAUCAACACGGUCAAAUCCACCUGCUCCGAUUCCACCCUUCUUGGAACCUUUAUGGAGAACCACGAUAAUCCUCGAUUUGCCUCAUAUACCAAUGACAUGUCUCUGGCCAAGAAUGCAGCGACUUUUACGAUCAUGGCUGACGGCAUUCCUAUCAUCUACGCCGGCCAGGAACAGCACUACAGUGGCGGUAGCGAUCCUGCAAAUCGUGAGGCUGUGUGGCUAUCUGGGUAUAAUACUAAAAGCGAACUGUAUACCCUCAUCGCCAAAGCGAACGCCAUUCGAUCCCAUGCGAUUAGCGCGAGCCAUAGUUAUAUCACAUACAAGAACUAUCCGAUUUACCAGGACAGCAGCACCCUAGCAAUGCGCAAGGGAGACAACGGCACACAGACUAUCACCAUUCUCUCGAAUCUUGGUGCAAGUGGAAGUCAGUACACACUUUCACUAGGAAACACAGGCUAUGAGGUGGGAACGACUUUGACGGAGAUCAUUACCUGUGCAAGUAUCACCGUUGAUAGUAGUGGUAACGUGCCCGUGCCAAUGGCGAGUGGGGAGCCAAGGAUUGUAUAUCCCAGUUCGAAUAUUAAGGGGUCUACCAUUUGUUCUUGA